CACACCUCUCCGCCCGCCGCCGGCGCCUCCUAUGCCCUUCCGCCCCACCUUCCCCCGCCGCUGCCUCGACGACCGCAAGCUCUCCUCCUUCCUCUCCGCGCUCGCCUCCUUCUCCGCCAACCCCUCCCCGUCGCCGCCCGCAGGAUCGGUUCCCGCAGCCCGCACCCCCGCCGCCUACAAUGCUCUCAUGUCCGCCUACUCCCGCGCCGGCCGCCCAGACGAGGUGCUCCGCCUCUUCCGCUCCCUCCCCUUCCCCCCCACCGCGCCCCUCUUCACCACCCUCAUAUCCUCCCUCGCCGUCUCCGGCCGCCCCCGCGCCGCGCGCGCUGCCUUCUCCUCUCUGCUCGUCUCCGGCCUCACGCCCACCGCUUCUGCCUUCACCGCACUGCUCAAGUGCCAUGAUGGCUCGCUCGACUCUAUGCACCACAUUUUCCUUGCGAUGACCUCCGCCAGCUGUUCACCUGAUGCCGCCGUGUACAACUGCUACAUUUCCAUGCUCUGCGACUCCGGGCGGCUGGAGGAGGCCUGGGGUAUCCUUGACCACAUGAUGGAUGGGGGAGUCCGCCCCACUGUCCGCUCCUACACCGCGAUUCUACGUGGAUACUGCGAGCAGGGUAAGAUUCUGGAAGCAGAGAGGUUAUUCGAUGCCAUGGUCGAUGCCGGCUGCUCCCCGGAUGUCGUAUCCUACAGCGUGCUUAUUGAGGGGCUUUGCGGCAUCAGGGAGUUUCAUAAGGUGGAGAGGAUAUUAGAAAGAAGUGAAGAGAAGGGGUGGACGCCCAAUGCUGUCACCUACAAUAUUUACAUGUCUGCUCUGUGCAGGAUGGGGUUCUUGGAUGAGGCAUGCCAUCAAGUAGAUAAAAUGCGCACCAGAGGGCUCUCGCCAACGGUUGAGACAUUGAGUAUUCUAUUUGAUUGCUUGUGCCGAGACUCAAAGUUUUCGGAGGCAGUCUGCUUGCUGGAACACAGUGAAGAAUUAGGCUGGCAUGCUGAUGUGUUCUGCUAUAACACUUUGAUGGGUAGGCUCUGCGAUGCCGGUGAUUUUGCAAGAGUCUUCAAGCUGCUGGUUGAUCUGUUGAAAAAGGGCAUUGGGCCAGAUAUGUUUAGUUUUACAAUUGCAAUACGUGGCCUCUGUGGAGUUGGGAAAUUCCGUCUGGCAAAGUGUCUAAUAGAUAAUGAGUGGAUUGGAUAUGAUGUUGUGGCUUUCAAUACUUUGAUUCAUGGAUUCUACAAUGCUGGGGAUUUACGUGGAGUCAAGCUAACUUACAUCAAUAUGUGCAGUAGGCAAAUUUCUCCAAACAACUUUACUAAUGCUACAUUGAUUGAUAGCUUAUGUAAAGAUCGAAAAUUUGUCGAGGCAAUAAACUCUCUUGCAUCUUUGAGAGAUGGGUCGGUGCCUGAUCAUGUUGUUCACCUGAACAAUCGGUUGGUCAAAGGAGUAAGAUAUACAAAGGUGCUCAACCUACUUGAUGAAAUACGCUGCAGAGGAUUUGAGCUAGAUACUUGCAUCUUCAUCCCAUUAGUUAGGGUAUUAUGCUGGGAAGGCUACUACAAGCGUGAGAAUAUCAAUGAAGUUUCCCUUAUACUGACCAGUCUAGGAAUUAGAUGAUAAUCUCAAGAUUGACUGAUUGAAUACCUGAAAUGAGAGUCUGAGUUAGCAUAAUCAUGCAAAUCACCUUUUGGUGCUGGUUCUCUCUUCCUUCGCACACCAGCAAUCUCUCAUCUUUCAUCAGGGGAGAAGUGCCUGAUUUUAGGAGCACCCCAGCUAGUUGGGCCUGGACAAGAUGAUCAACCUCAAAUGUGUUCUAGAGAAAAUAUUGGGCAUAAAGUGGAAACAAAAAGGUUGUUGCAGCAGACAAAGCAUUUGAGGGACCAAGCUGUUAAUGCCAGAUUUUUCUUAGAUCAUCAGGGAUCGGCUCCCCGGUUCCAUUUCAUGGAAAUGAAACCAAUGUUCAAAUAAGGUUGAGACCAGCUGCCAGAAUUGACAACUUAAUAUGGAUAUUGGAUGAAUUACAAUACGCCUUGGGCCCGACAAGAAGAAGGAAGACGCUUCUCCAUUUUGCAACGUUGUAAAGGGUCUAAGGCCUCUCCCAACGCUCCAGGCUGUAUCGGUGCUUAGCCUUCCAGAAAGACUUCAGUCUCGCUAGUAGUUCCGCGUGGAUUUCGACGUUUAGCUUGUUACCUCAGCUACGAUCUUGUG